GCGUUUUCAGCAGGCAGUGGGGUUUCAGUCGGGGGGAUACUGACAGGUGGACGGUGCAUGAUCCCCGUCUCUGAUCUGGGAAGAAAGGGACUGUGAGCAUUUUCUCGUCCUCAGCCGUGGGAAGACCAUGGCUCUGUUCAAGACCAGUCGGGCGUCCUUGUUGGUGCUUUUACUGCAAAUUGUGCUGAUUUGCUCUGCUCAGAGGGGCCCGGUCGGUCCCAGAGGCCCCCCAGGGCCCCCCGGAGUAGCUGGUGUGCCUGGAGUGGAUGGCAUUGAUGGCGACAGAGGAGAAGACUCCACAGUGAACGGUGGCCCAGGCCCUGACGGUGAUAAUGGCAGAGAUGGAGUACCUGGAGCUUCAGGUCUUCCAGGGGCAGACGGACCUGUGGGACCUCCUGGAGAUCCAGGUCCAGUGGGCUUAAAGGGACCAAAGGGUGAACCUGGGCUGCGAGGGCCCUCUGGAGAACCAGGUGUAGGACCUGACGGCCUCGAUGGUAUUCCUGGUACUGAUGGGCUUCCAGGGGAACUUGGCAAAGUUGGACUGCCUGGAGCAAAAGGCAAGAGAGGUCCGGUUGGUCUUCCUGGUUCUGCAGGGCCUCGGGGAUCUCCAGGUGUUUAUCAAGGCGAGGACCUGUGUCCCAAUGCCUGCCCUGCUGGUCUGAACGGGCAUUCUGGUCUACCCGGCAUGAAAGGCCACAAAGGGGUUAAAGGUGAAUCUGGUGAACCUGGGAGACAAGGACACAAGGGAUACGAGGGUGAUCAAGGAGCACCGGGAGAUGUUGGCGCUCAAGGACUACCAGGUCCAGGUGGAGCAAGAGGCCUCCCAGGAAUAUUGGGCUCCAAAGGUGAAAGGGGACCUCGUGGGAGUCCUGGUGAACUGGGCCCUCGAGGAAUCCAGGGAGCCCCGGGCGACCGAGGCCGAAGAGGAGUCAUAGGCGAGCUGGGGCCGGGGGGAGUGCAGGGUGAUCGAGGUUCAAAAGGAAUAAGAGGAGUGCCAGGACCAAAAGGAGGGCCUGGUUUACCAGGUCCAGAUGGUCGUGAGGGAAUACCUGGGCUGCCAGGAUCCAAGGGUCUUCCAGGGAAAAAUGGGGCUCCAGGUGACGCAGGGCAACAAGGGCUUCCUGGUGUACCAGGUGCUUACGGUCAUAAAGGACACAGUGGAGUGAAGGGUGUCAAGGGAAACCCAGGAGUUGUGGGACAGAUGGGGUCUCCAGGGAAAGAAGGCGAACGUGGUGAACAGGGAGAGGUGGGACCAGUUGGACCCAGAGGAGGAACAGGUGAACAAGGACAACGAGGGUUUGACGGGCCUCCAGGAUCACCAGGAGCCCGGGGAAGCAAGGGGAACCCAGGCCUCCCGGGUCUUCCUGGUCCUGCUGGUUAUCGUGGUGAAAAAGGAGACAGGGGUGCUGUUGGUCUCGAUGGGCCUAUGGGAGGACAGGGAUCUUCAGGUGCUGAGGGGACAUCAGGAGAGCGAGGAGACCUGGGUGAACAAGGAGAACCAGGCGAGAAAGGAUCGAUAGGCCCACCAGGAGAGACAGGAAAUAAAGGACCUGAGGGUGGACGAGGACAGCAGGGGAAAGAAGGCAAGCCAGGACAACCAGGACCACGGGGCAUGCAGGGCGACAUGGGGGUACCAGGCUUCCCCGGAACACAGGGGCCAGCGGGAAAAUCACCAACAGAUACACACAUCAAAGAAGUCUGCAUGAGGGUAAUGCAAGAGCAGCUGGCCCAGCUAGCAGCCAGCCUGAGGAGGCCUGAGUCAGGUAUUAAUGGGCUGCCAGGUCCCCCCGGCCCACCUGGACCUCCAGGCCCUGCUGGGGAGAACGGUUUCCCUGGACACACCGGAUCACGAGGCCUACCUGGUCUGAAGGGACCUGCUGGGGUGAUGGGUCGCAAAGGAGUCAAAGGUGACCUGGGUGACAGAGGAGACAGAGGACCCACAGCAAGAGGGCACAAAGGAGCACCUGGUGCCCCCGGUCUGCCAGGUGAACCUGGACGACAUGCUUAUGGCAAAGAUGGCCGCGACGGGCAGCGAGGACCACGCGGUGCUGCCGGCAUUCCCGGCGCUCCCGGACUUCCUGGUCCUGCCGGUCAGAACGGUUACUGUGAGUCUUCACAGUGUGUCCUGUCGAUGGUGCAGUCACCAUCAGCGAAAGACUCUGGCAUGAAGGGCCCCAAUGAGAUGUGAGGAGUCACUGCAGAGGAAAAGUCAGAGACUGAGGAGAAAGCAGACUCCAGGGGAAGAUUUUAUCCCUUUAGGUUUUGAUUCUUGGUUUGUAUCUUUUUAAUAUUUGGUCAUCCCAUUUGAAACUUGAUUCUUUUUUAUUUGUUUUCACUCUUUAACAUAAAGGCGUGAAGUGAACAUCAGCUUUCAUGUUAAAUUUCAUUUUACCUCAGUGUUUCCAUUUCUGUACUGUAUUAUUAAAAAGGAGUAGUCCACGUUUUUUUUUGAGAAACUAAAAACUGACUGUAAAUGUACAAACACCACCAGGCCCAUUUCUGUCCCAUUAACAAAGAGGCAAGACUUUCUGUAUGUUUCGGUAAAUGUGUCAAUAUGCAAAUUACACUGAUGGAUAAGGUACGUGUGUGAUCAUCUCUGUUGUCCUUUUUUCCCUUAAGUGUUGGAUAUGUGAUGAUCAUUUCUCUGUCAGUACGACUGUUGUUUUUUUCUUGUGAUUGGCAAGUGGAGAUGUGUGAGAAAAUCUCUCUGGCAGUUUUAUAUGACUUCUUAUUUAUUAUACCAAGCUUCCACAUGAUAUCUUCAAGCUGUACAAAGGGGGAAAUAAAUACAUUUUUAUAA